UUUUUUUUUUUUCUAAAAAAAAAAUUAUGUCAAAAUUUCAUACAAUCAAUAAAUUUUCUACCAGAGGAAAGACAGUUUUAUAUGGUUGGGGGCAAAGCCUUGCUUUACCGUUAGCCAGAGGUCAUCUGGACCGUGUUUUUAAAGAGCCUGUUUGUCUAAAGAAUGAGCAAGACUUUGCUUUACCCAAGGAACAAGAAAUUAUCAACAUUGCAACUGGUUGGGGACAUUCAUUACUUGGUACAAAGGAUCAUCAGGUAUAUGCAUUUGGAUUAAAUCAAAGCGGUCAGUUAGGAACUAGUCAAUCUGGGGGACUUGUCAUGAGCCAUCAGCCAAUAAAAUUUCUUGCAUGCGGACGUGAACAUUCGCACAUUGUAACAAAAAAUGAAAAUGGCACGACACAUCUUUAUUCAUUUGGUAAUAAUAUGUAUGGUCAGCUAGGCUUAGGACAAAACAAAAAUACAAACCCCGGUAAAAUGAUGUUGGAACGUGAGCCAAAAGUAGUACAACAGCAAAUAUCUGGUAUGAAUAUAAAGCAUAUUGUAUGUGGAUUAGAUCAUACUAUUUUAGCUACAGAGGAGGAGAAUGAUGAUGAUUCUUUAUGGGGUAUGGGUUGGAGUGCAGACGGUCAAUUAGGGCAAGGUAAAGAGGAUAAAGAUAGACCCUCCAAGUUACCUUUAUCAUCAGGUCAAAUUAAGAAAUUAGCCAGUUCAACUGACUUUACUUUGGCAUUAAAUCAUGAUGGAAGAAUAUGGGUUUGGGGUAAUUCGGAAUAUGGACAAGGUGUUCAAGGGAAAAUUAUAGAUAGAAUCUUGGAACCUUUAGAGGUUAAAGUAAAGAAUGUUGUAGAUAUUGCAGCAGGUGGACCUUUUUCGGUUUUAUUAACAAAUGAUGGAACAGUACAUACGUGUGGAUAUGGCGCUUUAGGUUUAGGAAAAGAAAAGAUUCAGACUUUAGAACUGACCAAAAUAGAAUGUUUAAAAGAUAUUAAAAAAGUAUUCGCUACAACAGAUUAUGCCGCUGCAAUUACAGAAUCGGGUGAACUUUAUACUUGGGGAUUAAAUGGACCGAGUGGUCGAUUAGGGCUAGGACAUUGCCAACACUCAUUUGAGCCUAAACGUGUUAAUUUGACUCAACCUGUCUUGGAUGUUUAUCUUGGUACAAAUCAUGCUUUGGCUGUUUGUGCAGAAUAAAGGAGAAUGUAUCGUUAAAAUAGAUUAUGCUGCUUAAAAUAUAUUUCCUUUUUAGAAAACGAGCAUUUAUUAUUUGUUUCUUUU